AUGGCCGGCGCAAAUCAACCAAAUUCACUAAAUCGUAGCUCUGCUGGCAGCCGGAUCCCAGGCAUGACUGGUCCCGCUGGUGAGCCGGGCCUUCCGCCUUCAAGGCCAUCUUCGAUCGCAACUGCGCAGUCAGGAGGAAACAACCGCAGGUGGUCGCAAGCACCGCCCUCACGCCGAGGGUUGAAUAUAGGGAGCGGUGUGGGGAGCGGCGUGGGAACAUCAAGCGUAGCGGGCAGUAUGGGAGGACAGAGCAGACCGACGACAUCUGCGAGCAGAACCCACGUUCCUUUAGCAGCGCAUGGGUUUUUUCGACCCAUGAGCUCGCAGCGACUGCAACAACAACGAAACCAGAGACCGACGUCCCUUCUGGGUCAAGGAUCGCUCUACUCAGAAGGCGCGACCGACUUCGGAAGCAACUCAUACCGCCAGAGCAUAGGCUCCAACCCCACAACCAAGCAUGUACAAACACUCGGACUUCACCACGACCCCGAUCACCGACCUCAAUCUCGAGGGACAGAUAUUACAGAUAGGGAAUAUCUACCAGACCGGACUACUGCCAACACAACCCCGACUGGCGCGGAGACAGUGCGCAGUCGAGGAGAGAGCAUCACACCUCUACAACGGCCUGUAAAACCUCAGCACCUGGACCUGUCGAAGACGCUCAAGAACGACGCUGGGAAACUCCCCACACCGGGGAAGUCUCCGCGAUCCUUCAAGUCCAGUUUCAUAUUGCCCAGCCGAGACGGUAGGACUUCGCAGAUGCGACCCCAGCAAGGACACGAAAAACUUGCCUCCGCUGAGUCGUCGCCCCGCAUGGCAAGGACAGAGCCCGUCAAAGAGGCUGUCAAGCAGGAGCUGGGCAGGAAUCACCAAUAUUUCUCUGGCAAUACUGUAUUCUGCUGGGGUGGCCGUCUGCAAAAUACCCGUGACCGACCCGUGAAUAUCGCGACGGCGAUCCUGAUCAUUGUUCCUGCUGCACUUUUCUUUGCAUUCUCUGCGCCAUGGUUAUGGCUUAAUGUCUCACAAUCGAUACCCAUUCUCUUCGCCUACUUGUUCCUAAUAUGUAUCUCUUCAUUUAUCCACGCAUCUGCCACAGAUCCGGGUAUUCUUCCCCGCAACUUGCAUCCGUUUCCUCCAACUAAUCCUAAUGACGACCCACUAAAUCUUGGCCCGCCGACCACGGAGUGGACCAUGGUCGUCUCCGCUCAUGCACCAACGGCAGCAAUGGAGGUUCCGACAAAGUACUGCAAAAGUUGCAAUAUUUGGCGGCCACCUCGCGCUCAUCAUUGUCGCGUGUGCGAUAGUUGCAUUGAAACGCAAGAUCACCAUUGCGUUUGGCUCAACAACUGUGUUGGACGCCGAAACUAUCGCUACUUCUUUGUUUUUGUUAUCUCAAGCACCCUAUUGGGCCUCUUUCUGAUGGGCGUAAGUUUAGCCCACCUACUCGUGUGGCGCGAGCGAAACCAUGCUUCAUUCGGAGCAGCCAUCAAUGAGUGGCGUGUUCCAUUUGCCAUGUUCAUCUAUGGCGUUGUUGUCUCCCCUUAUCCUUUCAGCCUUGGCGUCUAUCACUUCUUUCUGAUGGGUAGGGGCGAGACUACUAGAGAGUAUCUCAAUUCUCACAAAUUCUUGAAGAAGGAUCGACAUCGACCAUUCACCCAAGGUUCUCUUUGGAAGAAUUGGCUUUCCGUACUGCAGCGCCCGCGACCGCCAACCUACCUACACUUCAAGCGGCGCUAUGAGGAAGGAGACCAGAGAUUUGGUCCACGAAGGGGCAAACGAGCGGCUCCUUUGACAGCUGAGCAGCAAGGUGGAGGAAUGGAGAUGCAGGACGUCAAGGCCGCGUCAAGUUUUCAAGGUCCAUCCCAUAGGCCAACUCGAGAGCCGGUCUCGACUACUGCAUAA